AAAACGGGACAGCACACUAGCUGCAUGAGUAGGAUGUCGUCAUCACGUACGAAGUCUUGUCCACCUCGCGACAGUGACGACACAGCUCCCGGAAGAGGGUUUCGGGCAUGAGUGUGUUGCUGGUUGAGGCCUUCUACGGAGGCUCUCACAAACAGCUGAUUGACCUUCUCCAGGAGGACCUGGAGGACUGCGUCACCUACACACUGCCAGCCAAGAAAUGGCACUGGAGAGCCAGAACGGCGGCCAUAUAUUUCAUGCAGACCAUUCCAGCCAGUUCCUCCUACAGAGUGCUGUUCGCCAGCUCGGUGCUCAACCUGGCGGAACUGGCCGCCCUCCGACCCGACCUGGCCCGGCUGAAAAAGGUCCUGUACUUCCACGAGAACCAGCUGAUCUACCCGGUCCGGAAGAGCCAGGAACGGGACUUCCAGUACGGAUACAACCAGGUCCUCUCAUGCUUGGUGGCAGAUGUAGUGGUGUUUAACUCUGCUUUCAACAUGGAGUCCUUUCUCACGUCCAUAUCUGCUUUCAUGAAGCUGAUUCCUGACCACAGACCUAGAGCUCUGGAAGCGCUCAUCAGACCCAAGUGCCAAGUGCUCUACUUUCCUAUCGAAUUUCCCCAUGUCAAAAGGUUUUUCCCGGCACACAAGGAAGAGGUGUACGCUGCGGAAAAGGGAGAAUCCCUGGCCAUACCGAACCAGGCCAGUCCCCGGAGCUGCACCGAGGGGACACAGCCGACCCCAAAACAUCUCUCGGGAUCCGCUACGGGACCCCAGGAGGAGACCCAUGACCUGAGCCAGCAGGGGGCGGCGCAGUAUGGAGACCCUGGGGAAGGGAUUCCUUGCCAAGAGGAUGAUGAUGAGCUAACUGAACUGAAACCCUGCAAAGUGGAAAAGGACUCUGAUGGAAGCCCUGAUCAGCAGAGACCCCUGCACAUCGUUUGGCCCCAUAGGUGGGAACACGACAAAGACCCGGAGGUCUUCUUCAAGACGUUACUGAAGCUGAAAGAGAAGGGACUGCGCUUUCAAGUGUCCGUCCUUGGCGAGACCUUUACCGAGGUGCCAGAUGUAUUUGCCGAAGCCAGAGAGAAGUUGGAUGCCUGCGUUUCUCAUUGGGGCUAUGCACCUAGCAAAGAAGACUACUUCAGGGUGCUUUGCCAAGCAGACGUUGUCGUUUCCACAGCCAAGCACGAGUUUUUUGGAGUGGCAAUGCUAGAAGCUGUCCAUUGUGGCUGCUAUCCACUGUGCCCGAAGGCUUUGGUGUAUCCUGAAAUAUUUCCUGCUGAAUAUCUUUACUCGACACCUGAACAGCUCUCUAAGAGACUGCAGGCUUUUUGCAGGAGGCCCGAAGUCGCAAGAAGACAUCAUGUUAAGGUUGACACAUCUGCUUUUUCCUGGGCUGUUCUGAGGAAGAAGUUCAGGUCCCUCCUGGAUGCCGAAACCACCGGAGUUCAGUGACAGAUGCAGCGGAGUCACGGGCUCACGGCCCGAGGCGGGAUCCAGGUCCGGAACCUUCCAGAGCCUGUCGAUACUAACCUGAUCAGAGAGGAGCAGGGCAGGGCGGGGCAGGCCAGAGCGCUGGAAGGGGUGGGGGGGAUGUGGGGGGGGGGUUCUACUAGCCACAGCCCGACUGCCUGUCAUAGCUGACACCGAGCCAUCUGCCCAAAACCUGUGGCGCCCUCAGAUCUCCCCUCCCUGUGGCGCCCACCCCCGCCCAAAUUAAACCCAGACUUGUGCGCACGUUUCCAUGGCUGCGCAUGUCCCCGGAUUCCCAGACAGGAGACCUGUUUUUUUCAUAUAAACUUUCUUUUAAAAGUGUAUUUAUUUUGUACCUAGCAAAAAAAAACAAAA